ACCAUUUGUAUUUGCGCAUGUUAACAAAAGCUACUGUGGAACGAGGGAGGAUAAGACCUGAUAGUGAGGUAAAUACAUUUUUGCUCGAGGAGGAGCUGUCGUAGUUCGAUGCAACAGGUCACAAGCACAUGGUACGAAUCAAAUGGAUUUUCGCUCUUUUCCCCGAGACUCAGCGUGAUAGCUUGCAGGCAAAAACCAUACCUCCCAUACUCAGAUAAUUGCAGUUCCCCAAAUAUGGGCUUCUCAAGCAAACUCGAUAGAUCAUGCUCCUACUCCCUAGAAGCAUACCCUCAAACAGUAUCCGCCUUGGGAAAUAUAUUCUCAUACUCUUUCCAAGACAAGAAAGAAAAUGACUUGGCGUGUCAAGUUGAGACUGCCAACAACUGUUCAAAUCCCAAUCCUACUUAAGUAAGCAAUACGAGCGUAAAGGAAGACAAAUGAAACCAGAGAAACGAAAGGAACCCAUUAUGUCAUUCUAUCAAUACCACCUGUGAUAAAUCAUAGACACAUGUCCUUUCAGUAGAUUAAGAGAUUUCCCAAUUCACCAAUUCAGUAGAUUAAGACACAUCUAUCGUUUGGUGUAAGCGGGGGGUUUAUAUUUUUGUCUUUCUACUUGGAUUGAUUCACCAAUUCAUUUCUCUUCCUCCGCCUUGUCUUUCCUUGCUCUGCCUCUGGCUCUGAGUAUAGUACCACUGGAGUUUCUUUUUUACACAGAUGUGGGGAUACGUUGGGUUUUCUGGUGGCUCAUGAAACGAGGUCGGGGUCCUCCCCUUUUCGUUUUGAGGUCCUCACCCAUUUUUCUUUAAGGCUGGCUGGAAUAUCCUCCUUUUGGCUUAGACAUUCAAUCUUAUUUAGAUAAAAACAGACUCAUCUUUUUGGUUUGUUGAGGUGUCAAUGAAGCACUGAACCUCUCUUCGUACACUUUUCAGGAUUCAGAUUCAUAUUCAGUUACCUUCCUGUACUGUCACUGUCGUUCAUUUUCAUCCUCCUUCCUUCUAAUUUACUCUGCUCUCACUCUCUUAUACCUUCCAUUUCUCAAGGUUCUACUUUCAACCACACCCUUCCUCUCUAUCUCUCUGCAUCUCUCUGAGGAAAUGGGCAGCGUUAAAACUGGCUUCAGUUGUCACAGAAACAGACAACUAAUCAUUUCCUUGCUAUUUAUCUUGGUUUCAAGCUCGACGCUUGUGAGAUUCACUGCUGGAGGUAGGGCAACUACCAAGCUGCUGGAGGCGGCUCCAGAGGAGGGUGUAGAAGAGGAGAAAAUAGCGGUGAGGGCUCAGACAAUAGGAUCAAGGCCACCAAGAUGCGACAAAAGGUGCAACUCUUGUGAGCACUGUGAAGCAGUUCAAGUACCAAUAACAACACAGGCCCAUAGCCGUCAGAGAAGUCGAUUCUCCGCAGCAAGUUCCAACAUCGCAUACUCUAGAGGUGAUGGCAUCUCCAAUUACAAGCCAAUGAGUUGGAAAUGCAAGUGUGGCAACUUAAUUUUCAAUCCAUGAUUGAAAGAGAUGGGAUAUGUUUUGGUGAAGAAGAUCGCUUUUGUCAAAUGUGGAUAUCCGACUUCAACCCCCGUCUAGCCCGUCUAACUUCUGCCAGUUGACCCCCUUCAUAUGUGUAGAGUGCUAAAAAAAUCUUUCUUCUUUUGCUACUCUUGUAAUUACCCUUCUCAUCCUACAAAUCCUUCUUAUUCUGCAAGUGUUAUCCUUUAAAUUGUUGAUCUUGCAGUGGCAUUUCUUUCAUUGUCAAGAACAGAGUAUUGAUUAUCCAAGAUAACUGAUUUUGUCUA